CUCCCCUCACCCCUCACCCCCUGAAUCUUCAAAACCCUAAUAUCUAUUUCUGUUCUUGCGGCCAUUAAUUGGAUUCUUGCACAGAAAAAUCCUUCUCUCUACUUUUUCUGUCUAGAAAGUUACUACUUUAAACCUGAAUUCACUCUGUUUUGUUGGGGGCAACAUGGAUGUUAAAAUUAAAGAGGAAAACAUUGAAGCGAUCGAAUUGCCAGAGAAAUACAGGAUGAGUAGUUCCGGUGUCAGGGGGCAGUCAAUGGGCGAUUUAAUUGAUAUUGAUAGUAGCAGUGAUUCGGAUUCUGAUUCUGAUGUUGAUUUGGAUCAAGACUUGGAUAUAGAAGGAAUUUUGAGAAGGAAGAAGCGGCUGAAGAUUGAUGCUGCAUUACCUGUUGGAUUUCUUGAUCCCAUUCGACGGCCGCUUCCUCCGCCAGGGGGAGCCAUUGUUGCAAACACUGAUCGUUCUAUGGUGAAAUCCUCGUCGCCGUUACCUGAUAACACAGUUGGUAAUUGCACGCAGGGCUGUAAGCAGUUUUGGAAAGCAGGAGAUUACGAGGGCAGCAAUGGCGAUGAAUCUGGUUCACUUUCGGUUGGCAUGGACCGUGUCAGGGUUCAUCCUAAGUUUUUACAUUCAAAUGCUACCAGCCAUAAAUGGGCUCUGGGAGCUUUUGCUGAGCUUCUGGACAACGCUCUAGAUGAGGUUUGCAAUGGAGCUACUUAUGUCCAUGUAGAUAUGCUGGAAAACAAGAAAGAUCAGACUAAAAUGUUGCUAGUUGAAGAUAAUGGUGGAGGAAUGACUCCUGACAAAAUGCGUCACUGUAUGUCUCUUGGAUAUUCUGCAAAAAGCAAAUUGGCAAACACUAUUGGUCAAUAUGGAAAUGGUUUUAAGACAAGUACUAUGAGGCUUGGGGCAGACGUUAUUGUUUUCUCACGAUGUCAUGGGAAUGAGAUAAGAAGUCCGACACAAAGUAUUGGAAUGCUGUCCUACUCAUUUCUAAGGGGUACUGGAAAGGAAGAUAUUGUGGUUCCCAUGAUUGAUUAUGAGAAAAGAGGACGAGCUUGGAACAUGUCGAUUCGAUCUUCUCCCGAGGACUGGAAUAGAAAUUUAAAAACUAUUGUCCAGUGGUCACCUUUUGCAAGUGAAGAAGAUCUUCUUCAGCAGUUUGAUUCAUUGAAAGAUCGAGGUACACGUAUCGUAAUAUACAAUCUUUGGGAGGAUGACGAAGGAAGUCUCGAACUUGAUUUUGAAAACGAUAAACAUGACAUUCAACUUAGAGGAGUCAGUCGAGAUGAGAAGAAGAUAGAGAUGUCCAAAAGUUAUCCCAACUCUAGACACUAUUUAACUUAUCGGCAUUCUUUAAGGAGUUAUGCAUCAAUUCUGUAUCUGAGAUUCCCACCUGGUUUCCGAAUUAUUUUGCGUGGAAAAGAUAUUGAUCAUCAUAAUUUAAUUAAUGACAUGAUGUUAGCUCAAGAGGUUACAUAUAAACCAAUUCCUACCACUAAUGGAGUGCCAAAAGAUCCAAAUAUGGUUGCAGUUGUGACUAUUGGAUUUGUAAAAGAUGCAAAGCAUCAUAUCGAUAUUCAAGGGUUUAAUGUUUAUCAUAAGAAUCGUCUUAUCAAGCCAUUUUGGAGGGUCUGGAAUGCUGCUGGAAGUGAUGGUCGUGGGGUUAUAGGGGUAUUGGAAGCUAAUUUUGUUGAACCAGCUCAUGAUAAACAGGGGUUUGAGCGCACAAUAGUGCUUUCGAGACUUGAGGCACGAUUAGUUGUAAUGCAGAAAAGUUAUUGGUCUUCGAACUGCCAAAAAAUUGGUUAUGCCCCGCGACGACACUCAAAGGACUCUGUUUCACCAUGUAGAGAAAUUACACCUUCUAAUAAUGAUAAAUCCCAUAAAGGUGAUUUUUCCCUGCGACGACACUCAAAGGACUCUGUUUCACCAUGUAAAGAAACUACACCUUCUGAUAAGGAUAAAUCCCAUAAAGUUGGUUAUGCCCUGCGACGACACUCAAAGGACUCUGUUUCACCAUGUAGAGAAACUACACCUUCUGAUAAUGAUAAAUCCCAUUCAUGUUUAAAUUUGACCGGGCAUGUAUACAGUGAUGGUGGAUCAAAAGCAAAAUCUGCCAAAAAAAAUGGAAGGACAUCGCAUGCAAAGAUUACAAGUGAAGACGAGACGAGAUUGGCCUAUCAUGUCACACCAGUUAGGAGUCAUUACAAUGCAUCACCAGCUUGUGAGGAAGGCAAGCAAGAUUGUGCACCAAAUGGAGGAACUGAUCACAUUGUUGCCCAUUCAUUUUUUAAGGGAGCUGACAUGAAUGGAUAUGGACGUGCAUCUGAUAAUUCCAAUGUAAAGGGAGCUGACAUCAAUGGAUAUGGACAUGCAUCUGAUAAUUCCAAUGUAGAGAGUUUAGUCAAGUUGAAAGAAGAAAAUCGUGAAUUAAGGGAAAGAUUGGAGAAAAAUGAUGAAUUAAUAGUGGUUGACCUGUUGCAUGAUCUACGGGAUGCAAGAGAUAAGAACGAAUUACUGGAAGCCAAAAUCAAGGAGUCCGAACGCACAAUAGAGGAGUUGAACAUAGAGCAAGAUGCUAUCAUUAACAACUUCGCAGAGGAAAGAAACCGGCGAGACUCAGAGGAGGAGGCCUUGAGGAACAGGCUAAAGAUUGCUUCUGAGACUAUCCAAGACUUGAGAGACAAGUUGAAGCAGCUCGAAAGCCGGAGAGUAACAAAUUGCAAAAUUGAACGUGGAAACAUUUGAUUACAAGUGGAUCAGAGUCUUUUGUACAGGAUUAUAGUCAUCUGUUCAAUUUUUGUAUUUGGUUCAAGUAAUCUAAUACCCAAGAAGGGUUGGUGCUCUCUUUGUGAAGAAGCUGGAAUAAAAAAUAUGAAGAAAAUGAAGGUUUACUAUGCCAAUUGUUCAUACAAUUUUUUUCUUCCCUUUAUUUUUGAGUUUUGAUCGAUGAUAUGGAGAGGGUUGAAGUUGGACCAACAAUAUUAAGCAGUAAUAUGGUUGGAUGUGUAUUUUACUAAUCUCUAUAAUACAAAGCAUGGAUCAAUUUCAAUAUUACUCCAUUGAAGAUGAACCAUUACACGAGAGCGAGAGAUGGAAUUAAGAGAAAGCA